CUGCAGUCUUUCUGCUGCUGUUUUCUCUGCCUCUAUCUCCCUCUCUGUUUCUGUCACAAAUCCCAGGCGUGGGCAGGGCUCAAGCGUGUUCGCCGUAAUCCCUUUGCCCAGAGCUGAGGCUUUAAGUGGGUAGCCUGAUGCUAACGCUGUUAGGAGCAGUUGGCUGGCUGAAGGCAGCCUCCGCUACUGCUCCCGCUGCUGCUGCUGCUGCUGCUGCUUUUGUUAAAGGGGCCUGCAGAGGAAGGAGCUUGCUGCAUACACAAGUGAGCAGGGCAUGUUGUCAGCCAGCCAGCCCAUCCACCCACCCACUGCAGGGUUCACAGGCCGGAUCCCGUCGUUUGACUCAGGGGUGGGUGGGGGCCCUCUCGCCCUUGUUAUUGUUGCUAUAUCUGUCGCUGGUAGGUAGGAGAUGCUGAUCUGUCUCUGCUGCUCUUCACGAGGAGCUGACUCAGAGGACCCCCCCCCAUAGGAUCUAGCCGUUUCUCACCAUGAAUGUCGCCGUGUCACCCAUGGCCAGCGAGGCCGCCUCGCCCAUGAUCACCUCCGUCACCCCCACCCUGGAGCCCAGCCCUAGGGAGGAGGAGCCCAGCCCAGCCGAGACCAGCAGCAGCAACGGGGCGGCGGAGAUGCACGCCGCCCAGGUGUCCUACCCCGGGCGCAGCAGGUACCAGAAGCCCCCGCCCUUGCACACGGGGGCGGACUGGAAGGUGGUGCUUCACCUGCCCGAGAUCGAGACCUGGCUGAGGGCCACCACGGACAGGGUGCGGGACCUCACCCACUAUGUGCACCAGGACUCCCAAAACAAGCACGUGGACGUGCAUCUGGUGCAACUCAAGGACAUCUGUGAGGACAUCUCGGACCACGUGGAGCAGAUCCACGCUCUCCUGGAGACUGAGUUCUCCCUGAAGCUGCUGUCCUACUCCGUGAAUAUCAUCGUGGACAUCCGCAGUGUGCAGCUCCUGUGGCACCAGCUGCGCGUGUCCGUACUCGUGCUGAAGGAGAGACUCCUGCAGGGCCUGCAGGACUCCAACGGAAACUACACCCGCCAGACCGACAUCCUUCAGGCCUUCUCACAGGACCACGACGAGACUCGCCUGGACGCUCUGACUGAGGAAGACGACUCAGGGCAGUUGACCAUCAAGUGCAGCCGGGACUACUUCUCUCUGGACUGCGGCAUCACUGCCUACGAGCUGAGCGACUACAGCCCCAGCGAGGACGCUGAGGGCCACGGCCGGGGUUCAGAGCCCCGCAGCCUGUACCCCGAGUUGGAGCGUGACCUUCCCGAGCUGCUGCAGAGCGUGGACCUGCUGACCAUCGCGGCCAAGCAGCUGUCCUCCUCCAAACAAAGCCUAAGCGGAGAGACGAGCACAGAGCAGCCAAGCACCUCUACGGAGGGGCAGAACGCUUCGUCCAGAAAACCUCCUGUUACAGGAGACUCAACAUCUGCACCCACAAUGCAGUGUGGAAACCCUCAAGGGGAAAGUGCCCUCUCCAAACGCCACCUGCAGGGCAGCUUUAGUAACAAGGUGUCCCCCACCCAACCGUCCCUCCCGAAACGGGCCAUGUUCCUCGAGGGGGAUGCAGACGCCAACAUGCAGAGGUCCACUCUGCCCAACACCCUGCAGUUCCAGGCCGACUUGAGCCGGAGCACCCCCUCUCUGCUGGACCCGCCAGAUCGAUCCAAAUUCUGGCUGGACCUGGACUCUGUGUACCCCGGCAACGCAAGGCACUCCUAUGAGAGCCUCAAUGCCAUGAACAAGAGGAACCUCCUGGCUAGCAGAGAGAGCACUUACCAGAGGCCACCUGUCCCGGGGGCGGCCCACAUACCCCUGCAGAGGAGCUCAUCAGAGGCAGGCCAAGGUGGCCCCAAACUGGAUCAUACCGCAUCCACCAGUCCCCCAAAGGACCAAGUCCCACAGACUGGUCAGUACACACACUCAGACUCUGACAGCCCCUUGCCUGUCUCUCCAGACAUUAACCCCUCAGACUUUGAGCACUGUGAGGACCUCUCCUCCUCCAGCCCCGAGGUACCACCUCUGUCCACAAAAGCCUCCCUGUUGAUCGUCUCUCGGACUGGCACCAGGAUAUCUCGGGAGGACCCCAGCCCAAACGAGGAGCAUUGGUACGGCUCGGACGAGUUCCUGGCCCUGCCAUCCCAGCUAAGGAAGACCGAAAUGCUGGCCAUGAAGCUAGAGAGUCUGGCCAAGGUGCUUCCACAGAGGCUCACCCAAGAGCCCAUCCAGGACGUGGACGACUGGGAGCUGACCGAGGCCAACCAGGACUGGGAGGGCUGCAGCAGCAGCAGUAGCCCUCAGCCUCCUUUGAUUUCCAUCCUGGCCUACAAGAAGCCAUUUCUGGGGCGUCUGUCCCCGACCUCAUCCAGCGACAUCGCCCCAUCUCUGGACGAGAGCAUUGAGUCUGGGCCCCUCAGCGACCUACUGUCGGAGGAUGAGCUGGGCUGGGGCGCCUCAGAGGCCAGGAGGAGGGGUACGUUUGCCACGUCAUCCCCAGCCCCCAAACUGGAGGCCCAGUGCAAGCCAGUGAUCCAGCAGCUGCUGGAAGACAUCCAGCAUCAGGACAACUACCAGGACAUCUGGGGCAAGAUUGAGGGCUUCGUGAGUAAGCUAGACGAGUUCAUCUGCUGGCUGACCGAGGCUCUGGAGACCACGGAGAACUGGACCCCACCCAAGGCAGAGGCGGAAAGCCUGAAGCUUUACCUGGAGACGCACCUUAGCUUCAAGAUGAGCGUGGACAGCCACAGCAGCCUGAAGGAGCGUGUGCUGGAGGAGGGCCGACAGCUGCUAGAAGUCAUCAGCUCCCACAAAUCAGGUCUGCGGGACAUGCUGCAGAUGAUCGCGCACCAGUGGCAGGAGCUACAGCGGCAGGUGCGCCGGCAGCACGGCUGGAUGCUGCGCGCCCUCGACCUCCUCAAGGCCCAGGUCCUGGCCCGCGAGACAUCCCAGGGGUGGCAGCCCCGUCCGCCCAGUCCUAAGGGCGAGGUGCUGAAGAGCCACAUGGAGGCCCAGAAGGACAUCCUGGAGCAGAUGACCCUGAAGCUUAAGAACCAGCGGUUCUGUCCGGCUGCCAAGGGUACCAGGGAGCUCGCCCAGAUGUCCAAGAACAACAGCAGUGUACAGGAGUUUGAGUCUGAGUACCAGGAGCUGUGGGAUUGGUUGAUGGACAUGGAAUCUAUUGUGACGGACAGCCAUGAUCUGAUGAUGUCUGAGGAACAACAGCAGCACCUCUACAAGGGCAACAGUGUGGAGAUGGCCAUGUGGCUUCCUAAGAAGACACAGCUGCUGGGCUGGGCGGAGUCUCUGCAGCGGAGCGGAACGGAACUGCCUCCUGACUUUGAGCAGCGCCUCAUCGUCCUCAAGAACAAGUGGGACCAGUUAGAGCGGACGCUGGGUGAGCGCGUGGGCAAUGGCGGGGGCAGCCCGGACCCCCGCGCCCUCCUCUCCCCGGGCACCAAAGGCAUGCUGGGACAACUGGAGGGCAAGAUCAAGGAGCUGAAGCGCUGGCUGCGUGACACGGAGCUCUUCAUCUUCAACCUGUGUCUGCGGCAGGACGAGGAGCUGCAGCAGGCCCACACCCAGCUGCAGCAGUUUAAGUCUCUGUGUAUGGAGGUUCGUGGUCGCCGUCGAGGCAUGGCGUCGGUGCUGCGUCUGUGCCAGCGGCUGCUGGAGGAGCCCGAUCAGGCCCGGGGGGGCUCCGGCUCGGACCCGGACGCCGAGCGGGACGGGCUGCAGCUGCUGGCCGUCAACCUGGAGCGGCGCUGGGAGGCCAUCGUCAUGCAGACCCUGCAGUGGCAGACACGCCUGCAGAGGGAACUGGGCCGAGAGCAGGUACCAGGGAACCUUCUAGAACCUUCACUCAUGGACCUCCGUUGCCCUGCGGAGGACUCCUGGGAAUGGGAUGAAAUGGACAUGACCAUUGUCAACGUGGAGUCGAGGGAGGACUGCGUCGAUAAGCAAAACCCUGCAUGUGAAUUAGCCCUGGGAUCCCUCGGGGAAAUACUAGACAGCCCUGAACCGCGUCCAGGUGUCACACAACGCCGGACGACCUUGGGCGGCCUGGAGACGAAUCCUGUGUCCUCCUCCUCCUCCCGGCCGUGUGGCACAUAUCAGGUGUACAGCGUGCAUAACGUGGAGCUCUAUCAGCAGCCUCCAUUCCCCAGCACCAAGACGAGCCCAGCCAAAGCACGAGGGAAGCAGCAGCCCCUCCUGAAGAGCCUGAGCAAGGACUCCUCGUUCUCCUCUGUGGAGUCUCUGCCUGAUAUCCUCGGGGGGCUCCUGGGAGUGAAGCAGGCCCUGGGAAAGGAGUCGGCCCGCCGCUCGGAGAGCGAGAGCGGCAUCGUUAGCGAGGGUGACACAGAGACCACUGCCAACUCCGACAUCUGUUUGCACUACCAAGGCGACGGGAGUAGGGUCAGUAUUAUGCUCUCCCCUGCCGACAGAGGUGGCGGCUCCCCCGAGGUGGAUCGUGUGUCUGAUGAGGACAUUGACCGAAUCCUGGAGCGCGCGAACAAGUGCGCGGAGUACGAGUGUGAGGAGGCUAUGAUGCUGGGGAAGGAGCAGAAGGUGAGAGCGUCAAGGAAGAAGAGGGAGGAGAGCGGAGAGGGCAGGAGGAGGCACAGGAGGGACCCUGUGGAUAUUCUCCUCAAUGGACACGGCUACACCCCCGACCUUGACAGGGAGAGGCGUGGCGACUCAGGGACUUGCGACAAUGACGCCUCGUCCUCAGAUGGCAAACCCCGGAGGGAGUUAACCCACCUCUCGCAGGGCUCGUCUCUGGAGUCCCUCUACACCGCUGGGGAGCUAUUUCCAUCCAGCAAAGAUGGCCUCCACCGUAGCACGUCCCUGGAGAGUUGGCUGGCCCCCUGCAAGAGCCCUGAGGACGCGGGCAGCCAGUGCAGCCUGCGGGACCUCAGUCUGGGCGGCAGCGGGGAGCCACCGGCGGCGGCAGGAGAGCUCAGCAGGAGGACCCUGGAGCUCCUGAAGCGCCUGGAGAACAUCCAGACUCCGCUGGCCCAGCAGAUGACCCGCAGCAUCUCGGACAUCACCCUGCAGAGCAGCUCCCUGAGGCUGGCCAGCCGGGGCCCCCGCUCCUCCGGAGCCGCCUCGUCCUCGGUCAACGAGAGCUCCGCUGCGUCCAUGACCGAGCUCAGUGGCACGGAGGACUCGUCAGUGGCCUCGGAGGAUAUGGCGGUGCUGAGGAACCGCCUGGCGCCACCUAACUCCAACGCCUCCUUUCGGAAGCACUGCCACCGCAACAGGCACCAGGGGGUACUGCAGGGUGGUGCGGGGGCAGCACCGAUGGUGGGGGGCGAUGACGUGGACGCCAACAUCAGCAUGGUGGUGAACGUGUCGUGCACCUCUGCGUGCACAGAUGACGAUGAGGACGACAGCGACCUCCUGUCCAGCUCCACGCUGACGCUGACCGAGGAGGAGCUGGGCAUCAAGGACGACGACGACUCCAGCGUCACCUCUGAGGAGGAGGACUACAACGAGGGCGCCUUCACACUGGGACUCGAGUACAUGAAGAACGAGUUUCAGAACUGGGACAAGGCGGGCCGUUCCCAGGCCCGCAACGAAAGGAACGAGGCGGACCUCGAGGAUGAGCUGCAGUGCGGGACGGCGCCCCAAGACGUCCCGUCACUCAACAGAGCGCCCGUCACCGCCAACAACGAGAGGCACUUCUUAAACCGCUCAACGCUCAAGCUCCUGGAGACGCACAGCAACGCCAAGAACGAGGGGAUGAGGCAGCAGGAUGUGGAGACUAACCGCAAGGCGGCCACCCGGAACUACAUCAGCCAGUUUGUGGACGACAUGGAGAACGGAAACGUGGACAACUCCCACCUAAAGGGCAAGGAUGAGGAUGACGAGCUUCUGAGGGAGGAGGGCAGCCUAUUCACCAAGAAAGGAGAGUCGUUUAAAGACUGUUAUGCGCUCAACCCAGCUGGUGGCCAAUCCAGGGGGAUGGUGACGGCCAUAAGUCCCUCAUCCUGCGAGCUGCUGUCGCUUCAGACCAAAGAGUCAUCCCUUGAGAGCCAGCUGAAGGGUGAGAUCCCCUGCCACAGCUCCAGCCGACCCUCCCCUGCCAUCUCGCCCAUGGAGGACUGUGUCGGAUCGCCCCACGGCAUGCUGGGAACACUGCAUGGAAACAACUGUCUCCAACAGCAACAGCAACAGCAGCACUUUUGCUACCUGAAUAACAUCCGUGAUGCACAGAGGGAGGACAUUCCGUCUCCAGACCCCCCCUGCUGUGUCCACCCCAUCUUCCCCUCCGCGGGUGACAGCGAGAAAGGCGAGAACGUGCACGACUUCGUCAUGGAGAUCAUCGACUUAACGUCGGCGCUGAAGAGCAAGGAGCUUCAACCAGACGCCACGGCGGGAGAACAGGAGAGGUCGUCCAGCCCGACCUCGCCUUCUGCCAUGGCCUCCCAGAUCCGCGACAAGGUGCUGGAGCAUUCCCACCGUGGCCUCCAGCUGCGUAAGGGCGACUUCUACUCCUACCUGUCGCUCUCGUCACACGACAGUGACUGCGGUGAGGUGAGCGUGUGUGUUGAGGACAAGAGUACCACGCCAGUGCUCUCCCGCACGCCUGACAUCAUCUGCGACGAGGAGCCGCUCUUCGAGGCCUGCACCGAGGAGGUGUACCUGGGCCCGCCGCUCUGCUACAGCAUGUCCGUCACCAAGCGCCCGCGGCGACGCAACACCACCGACUCCCGGCUCCCCAUCCCCGUCCCCCACCAGGCUCGUCUGCCGCCGCCGUCGCCACCACUACCCUACGAUGAAUACCAAAAAGCACAUGGUAUUUCUCCAGGAAGUGCAGCCGCGAGCCAGCCGGAGGACUAUAAUGAGGCCCCUUAUCUUAAUCCCUUACCAUGUGAAACCCCGAUAGACACUGUUGAAUGUUUUGCAGAUACUAAAAUGCUUGAAUCCAAUAUUUCUCCUGUAAUGACUAAGAUAAGAGUCUCUUGCUCCAGUACAAAUCCUUUAAAAGCGGAAGGCGGCCUCUGUAUUAAUCCUAAAAUUAACUGUCCCGCGAUAAGGAGGGCCGAUAGGGAUGAGAAAGGCCCCGCUUCGCACUGGAUGAAACAGAAGAAUGUCAGGAAAGGGCGCAGCUCUCUUCAGGAAGCCAAGGCGAACCACAAACAGUCUCCAAGGUCAGCGUGUAGCAGUGGGGUUGUGGGGGUGUGUAAGCCAGCCCAGGGCGGUGCUGCUCGAGCCUCUGACAGCUCAUCUGGGCUGCGGACUGGGACCACUCGGCCCCAGGUCAGGAGGCAGUCUGGCAGUCUGGUGGCUCCCGUGACUAAGCCCUGAUGCUCGGAGGCUCCGUCGGCAACAGAUGGGAGUUUUUUUAUUUUAUUGUGCCGAGAUCUCCGUCCUGGUGUGCGGCUUACCAAGGCCCAGGCCUCACACAGCUUUCUCUGCUAUCACCUCUCUACAUACGCAGUUAGACUCACACACACACACACACACACACACACACACACACACACACACACACACACACACACACACACACA